GAGGGAGAGGCGGCCAGGAGGCAGGCAUCUCCCCCCAAUUUUUUUCCCACCCACCCCCCGCCGUCCACUCCCAUCCCUCGAAAUCCCCCUCGGACAGUCGGGCCCAUGGCCGGGGUCAGCUACUCCGCGCCCUGGUGGGUGAAUCUCUUGCACCGGCUGCCCCAUUUCAACCUGCAGUGGGAGACGACGAGCAACCAGUUCCGGCCCGAGGACACGGAAUACCAGCAGGCGCUGUUGCUGCUGGGUAGUGUAGCCCUAUCUUGCCUGGCUCUGGACCUCCUCUUCCUCCUCUUCUACUCCUUCUGGCUGUGCUGUCGCCAUCGGAAAAGUGAGGAACAUCUCGAUGCUGACUGCUGCUGCACAGCCUGGUGUGUCAUUAUCGCCACCCUGGUCUGCAGUGCUGGCAUCGCCGUGGGAUUCUAUGGCAAUGGAGAGACCAGCGACGGCAUUCACCGGGUCACAUAUUCGCUUCGCCAUGCAAACCGCACUGUGGCUGGAGUCCAGGAUCGGGUGACAGACACCACAAUGGCUCUCAAUCAGACGGUGGAGACCAGCCUUCAGACCCUGGAGAAACUCUACACGAAACAUACUGACUAUCUGCACAUUGUCCAGAAACUCCAAGGGCUUCUGUAUGACUUGGUCCGGCAGACCACGGAGAUCCCCUUCUGGAGGAAUAGCGGCGUGUCACUGGAAGAUCUGGCCAUCCAGGUCGACCUCUAUGACUGGUACAGGUGGCUGGGAUACCUGGGCCUUCUCCUUUUUGAUGUCUUGAUCUGUUUGCUUGUGCUCCUUGGACUCAUCCGGAACUCCAAGGCCAUCCUAGUAGGGGUGUGUUUGCUGGGUGUGCUAGCCUUGGUCAUCAGCUGGGGAUCCCUGGGGCUAGAAUUGGCAGUCUCUGUGGGUUCCAGUGACUUUUGUGUGGACCCCGAUACCUAUGUGACUAAGAUGGUAGAAGAUCACUCAGUACUAGGUGCAGAGAUCCUUCACUAUUACCUGGACUGUUCUGCUGGAUACAUAAACCCCUUUCAGCAGAAGCUAUCUGGGAGUCACAAAGCCCUGGUGGAAAUGCAAGAUGAUGUUCUGGAGCUCUUGAGGUCUGCCCUUAGAGAAUACCCCACUUCCAAGGAUUACCUGAUACGCAUCCAGGAAGUUCUGAAUUCCACAGAGAUCAAUCUACAGCAUUUGACUGCCUUGGUGGAUUGCCGCAGCCUGCAUCUGGAUUACGUCCAGGCUCUGACUGGCUUCUGUUACGAUGGAGUAGAGGGUCUCAUCUACCUGGUGCUUUUCUCUUUUGUCACGGCCCUCAUGUUCAGCUCUAUCGUGUGCAGUGUUCCUCAUACCUGGCAGCAGAAAAGGGCUGCUGAUGAUGAUGGGGAAGAAGAGUCUGCAGCUCCAGGAACGAGGCAGACCCAUGACAACCUCUAUCGGGUACACAUGCCCAGUCUGUACAGCUGUGGGAGCAGCUAUGGCAGUGAGACCAGCAUCCCUGCGGCAGCACACACAGUCAGCAAUGCCCCUGUCACGGAGUACAUGAGCCAGAAUGCGAAUUUCCAGAACCCUCGAUGUGAGAACACCCCUCUGAUUGGCCGAGAAUCCCCACCGCCUUCACUAUAUCUGGCUGCCUUGGACAAUAGUAGCCAUAUGAGCUGGCAGUUUAAGCCCUCGGACAGUUCAAGGACGUACUGGUAACAGCAGCGCCCUCAAAUGAAACAGUACACCUCCAGCAUGAGAGCCAAAUACCUCGCUACCAACCAACCUCGCCCUGACUCCAGCAGCGGGCAUUAGACACCGAUCGCAAAUGUGCCAACUGCCCCCCUGCCCCCCUGUGCUCCCUUGCCAAACCACUCUGCUUUCCUCCCUUCACUCCUCCUGAUGCUGGCGCUGUACCUCCCGCUUCUGCUGCUCCCAGCAUCUGGCCACUGGGACUCUGAGCGGCCAAGGACCACCAGGGAAUGAGCUCAGUGAGAGGGCAGGGGGCUCCUGGGGCAGCUAAGGACUCGCUUUCCAGCCUACACGAGCUGCACAGGCCACGGGCCCAGACUCAUGUGCUUCUUCCAUAAGCCAGAUGGGAAUAUUAACAGAUCAGUUUCCUCCUCCUCUUCCUCUGCCUCAUCCAUCUCUGUCCCUUCUGCAGAAGGAAAAGAUGCUUUGGAGGUCUGGGCUCUGGAGCGAUUCCUAACGGUGCUUCUCUCAUUCAUUCUGGACCAGCUUCAAGUUAUGAGGGCUUGGAGUCCAGGGUGUCCUUGUCCCGGUCAGGAAAACAGUCUCAUAUGCAUCCCUCUGUGACCCGAACAUACACUUGUGCUGACCCAAACAGCCUCACCUUGACCUAAAUGUAUACCUUUAUGCUAACCCAGAUAUAUAUACUCACUUUGACACAUACUCUUUUGCCAUUGAAUAUAAGCUCCCUCAGUCUCUCUCUCUGUCUCUCUCUCUGUCUCUCUCUCUGUCUCUCUGUCUCUCUCUCUCUCUCUCUCUCUGUCUCUCUCUCUCUCUGUCUCUCUCUGUCUCUCUCUCUGUCUCACCCUCACCUAGGAGGGAGCCCAUGCACACACUUUCUGUCUCUGUGUCUGCAACUCUGUCUUUCUGUCUCUCCCUAGUUGUCUGUCUCAUCUCCCUCUUCUCUCUUUUUCUUUCUCUCCUUUCCUCUCUCCCUUCCCCCCUUUUCACUCUUUCUCUCUCUCUCACACACACACACACAUGCAUACACACACACACACAUGUGUACACACAUACGUGAGCCCACAAGCCAUGUUCCCCAGCUCACCACUUUUAGCUUCUUGUUAGAGGCCUUACUGCAGAGAGUUAGUCUCCAUCUAUGGGGAGGUGGAUUAUGGGUCAUGGUAGGAACCUCUAACUUCCCUGCCCUUCAAAGCCAAGGUCAUUCUCUCAUUGCCUUCUCUUUUCCCUUCCCUGGUCCUCACCUUUGUCUCCUGGAGCCUCUGAGAAAAGAGUGUUCAAAUUCCUUCUUCACGUUAAGGUGAGCCGCAGGUGCCCAGUGCUGAACCAAAAGCUUGGGCCCCUUCACUUCCCUGGCCUUCCCGAACCCUAGGUUACCCCUCUGCCCCUAUCUUCUCUCCAGUGUGGCUAUCUGGGACCUACCAAGCGUCAGCAGGAGCUGGCCACCCCCUUGGUGCCAAAUUCCCUUUGGCAAAAUACUUGCCAUCUUUUUUUUUUUUUUUGCACUAAUCACAUUUGUAAUCUCUAGGCAGAAUACUCCAGAAGUUUUCCAGAGAUAUGGGCCAGAUGAGAGAUCCAUAGGGUAUAGUGGUUACUGCUGGACUAUUUUCCUGUUUCCCUCUUCUUUUUUUUACUUUUUUUUAAACCCAGGAAUAGAAGCACUGCCCUCCCAGAGAGAUCUCUGGGAGGCUAGGAUUCAGGUCCCUGCUUCUCUAGGCCUCUGUUUGAUUGCAUCAGAAAUAGAAAGCCAAGGACUCAUGAGCCAGCUGUGAAUGGGAGAUCUGUGUAUCCUCCCUCUUCCUGGUUCUAACCACUAACCUCACUUCCCACAUGUCCCUGGAUUCCUCAGACCACUGGGCCUGAAUGGCAGAGAGGAGAAGGGCUAGGACCAGUGGCUUUGAUCGUAGCCCUGAGUCCAAGGCCCCUUGCUCCCAGAAGAGAUUGUCCAGCCAGGCCAGCAUCCAUCCAUCUCCACCCCUUCCUCAUCCAGAAGUGUUACCCACACUGAGGUUUCCAGGAUGGAGAAAGCAAUGAAUCUGGAUACAUGGAGGAAGGGGAGAGUUGGCCUUCUACCAAUGGGAUAAAAUUGCUUCUGCAAAGUGCUCGAGAGAGAGGAACAGCCAAGAUGGUCCUUGUUCCAGAGUCCGCCUCCCGCCGGUCCUAGUCCUUUCAGCUAUUCUGAAUGGCCUCUCUGUAGUGGCCCUGUAGACCUGAGAGAAGAGUGUCUGAACAGGCGUUUGAAGUAUGAGCUAGGGCUGGCCACUGAGCCUCCGUGUCUCAGCCUCCCUGUCUAUGAAAUGGGAAUGAGACAUCUGUCAUAAGGUGCUUGCUGCCUUUGUGUACACUUGUGACACAUUCCAAGUCUCCUCUUCUGCCUCCCUUCUUCCUUUUGCCAGAAAGCCAGGGAGAGCCACCAUCUUCCUUCUGUCUGUCCCACCUCCUCUCCCUCGGGCCACCUACCUACUUGGCAGAAUGUUUACCAGAGAUAUGAGGUAUCUAGGCCCAGAGAAUCUAGAGUAGACACAAAACAUUAAGACCAGGAUUUAGUCACUGCCCACUGGGUGGGAGGAGCUAGCUGGAUUAUCAGGGUUGGGGGCCUUGCCAGAGUCUAUUGCAGGCCGAGGGGGAGCCUUUAGGUAAAGCUUUGUGUAGUGAAGAGAAGAAGCAUCAAGUGUAAGUUCAUAUAAGACAAGAAGAUGAGGGGACCCACAUUCCCAUUUCUACUGGAAAUGACCAAGGCUUCCAUCUCCCUGGGCUGUUUUUAAAAUCUUUCCUCUAUUGUCUGUGUGCCCCCUACACCUCAUUAAUGGUCCCUGGGAACUUGAGUUAAUCUAGGACAGCAGUUCUCAAAAUAUGGUCCAGGGACCUAUGGGGUAGGACUCUUUUACAGAGUCCUCAGAGAAAAAGCAAUUUUCAUAAUACUAAAAUGUUUUCAUUUCUAAUAUGGUAACUAUCCAUAGAUGUAACCCAGAUAAACCAAAGCUCUUUGGAGGGGGUCCUCAAUCAUUUUUAAGAAAAGUGUAAAAGGGUCCUGUUGGGCCUAGAAGAACAAGGUAGGGUCACAAUGCCAACUCCAUUUCUGAGAACAAGGCAGUUUCUAGGGUGUGAAGGGAUUGGUGGGGCCUGUCCUGGGAAGGAUGGAGGAAGGAUAUUUAGUUUCAUUGAAGCAGCAGGAAGACAAGAUCCCCACCUGGAGCCAGGUUUUAGGUGGCCAAAGCCCUACCCAAUACCCAGCACCCACCCCCUACCCCCCACAUAUGUCUGAUGACUCAAAAAGGGAGCAGGCAGGUCUCUCCAAAGAGACCUCAGCUCCUCAACACACAGGACAGGACCACCUGGAAUAAAAUCCCUAGUAAUAGAGGUUGUGCUUCAGAGGCCAGAAGAGAGUUGCUACCUGUGUCAUGGCAUCCCCCAUGGAAGAAACCAACGUGUACUAUGAACACCUGUUCCACCGCCCCAAAGGACACCAGGCUGGGAAGUGACCAGCCAUGGCCACCACAUUGCAACCUAGAAUCAGCUAGUGGUCCUCCAGUGCCAUUGAGAACCUCAGGGGGUAUCUGGAAGGGAGAUCCUUUGUCCCAGCCCCUCAUCUGACCCCAGACUCCUUCAGGGAAGGGACCAUGGUUUUCUAAGUCAGGAGAGUUGCCCAUCCCCCCCAGGGGAUGCUGUGAUAGCUCCCAACUCCAUUCACAGCAGCUCCUUCUAGUAUCCCUAUCAGUGGAGUUAGAAGCAAGGCAACAAUUUCCCAUUGGUCCAUCUGGACCUUUUUUUUUUUUUUUUAAACCAUACAUCUGAGCUGCUGGCCUCCCAUCUCUGGGCACCAGACAACUUCCUGAAUGUUAUCACUAGGACAUCUUGGAAACUGCCAACAGUUACUUCCUUCAUGUGAAACAUCUCUAGUCCCUUCUCUUCCCUUCUAUCACUGCAUUCUGGACAUGGAUGUGACUGAGCCUCAGCCAUCUCUGUCUUUUUUUUUAGAAGCACAAACAUUAAUUAUCAGCUUUGUCUGGUAUGUUCGGUUCUUUUUCCACUGCAUCCUCAUGAGUGAAACAAAAACAAAAAAGAACCCACCACUGAUCAGAUCAACCACCUCCCACAAAAAAAGCAAAAAAAAAAUCCCUCCAGUUCAGGGAGGGAUGGGGGCCUGUGGACUUUUUUUCCCAAGCACAUGGACAUCUCCACAAUGUGAAUGUAAAUAGCAUGUUGAACUCCUGGGGCCAGUGUUCAGGACUGCAUUGUACUCGUUAAAAGAAAUCAAACUCCAGACUUGGCUGUGAAUUUCUCGUGCUGUCUUGGGAAUCUUUAACUGUAGUGUUUGUAUCCUGUCUGUAAUCUUUUAACUUAGUUAAUUUUACUUGCCUAUAUGGAAAAGAAAAAAAAGGGGGGGGGUUCAAACCGAAAACUCAGCACUUGGAAUGGGGCUUUUGCAACACCCAAUUCGCAUCCUAGGCAAAGAGCCUUGGGCUGCCACCUUAGAUUGGUUUGAAUUAUUUUUAACCCCUUCCCUCCCCCAAAUGCAUCCCUUGACCCUCUCAGCCCCUCAAUUUGACUUCUAAAUGUAAGUUUUCUUUAUCCCAGAAGUCGAUGUGUCUUCCAUCUGUCCCACGGAACUGAUUGUUUGAUGGGGUGAAGAGAACCAGCUCCAGGGCCAUACCAAAGGCAAGGUGGCUGGAGCAUUUCCCCAGGGUUCUAAGAUUUAGAGGGUGCCAAAAGCACCAUCCUAGGAUUCUACCUUCUUGGUCACUGCACCCUAGUUGAGGUAACCUUUCCCAUGUCAGACACAACAAUUUCUAAUUAUAUUUGUGACAUCAUCAGUUGUUGUUACAUCAUUCCUUCUACGCAACCAGAAUGGACUGGAAACUUGUGGACCUCUCCUGCUUCACAGUGGGGACUCAUCGUCUCAGACUGAUCCGAGUACAACAGGAGAGGAAACAUUCCAGUUCUCCCUUUAGGGUGGAAAUCUUUUUAUCUGAUUUCAGCCCUAGAAGCAGCACACGAAUGGAGGAGGGAAGACUGGGAGGGAAUUUUAGUUAUCUCCAUCCCACCUUUGGGGAUGAAAAGGAUUCAUUCAGAGGUUCCUCUGAGUGGUUCAGCAUGAAGGAGGGGAUGGUCACCGACUGAGUCAUUUACAGGAUGUACCUAAGACUCCUGGGAUAUGAAAAGAAAUGGGAGUGUUUCUGAAUGGAGGUAUAAGCCCAGAUUUCUUCCAGUGAGGGAGAGAGCAGGGAUUACUCUGGUCCUCUUUCUUUCCCUAGUAGCUCACUAGGCUGAGAGUAGAUGGAGCAUUCCCCGCCCUUCCACUCCAUCCCUCCCUGGAGUAGAUCUUGGCUUUGUUCCUCAGCUUGGCUCAGAAAGAUUGUGACUUAACUCAAGGGUAAGUUUGUUUCCCAGCAAACCAGCGGGCCUCACCAUCCCCUAACUCACACGUCACUUCUUGUUCCAAAGGCUCCCUUAUCAUCAGUUGGGGUGGAGGGAUGUUGUCCAAUGUCUUAGACCCCAGACUGACCCUUCUCGAGUGAUUGAUUGUCCAAGGCCGCUGGAGGGCCUCCACCCUCAAACACAAUUUCGUUUUGUUCUGAUCGAGUUCUUAUAACGGGGGAGUUGAUAGAACACCAUAUUCUCCAUUGGUCCCAGCAACUGAUCUUCCUGACUUUGCCAUAAAGUCGGAGAUCCAUUGCUGGAAAGAAAACGGGAUGCAGAAGGAGGAGGACACCAUGUCCUGCUCCCUUUGACUUAGAGGGCAGGGAGGUGGGAGGACUGACAGACAUCCCUAAGGGCUGCCCCGUGUACCCAUCUCACUAUGCAAUUCCAAAGUAGCAUUUUACUUCCAACCCCCCCCCCACCAAGCCCCAUCAAUGGAUGCCUCCCUUGACCCCAAUCAGCUCCCAGGGACCUCCUCAGGGCCAGGCCAUGGAGAACAACUUCUCUGACAGGAGGGUGUUGGUGGGACUUGAAUGGUCAUCCUGUCCUUGAGCCUUUUGUACUGAUUUUGGUUUUGUUGUGUUUUUAACCAUAAUGGUUGUAUAUCAUACCACUUUAUAUUCAUUAUAUAUAAUAUAUAAAUAUAUAUGUUUUUUUUAAAGGAAA